AAGAAGAAGUGCACUGUUGAUGUUUGGAACAAGGGAUUUCUCGAUGCCAUUCCACUGAAUGCACAACGUGACGGUUCCUCGUUUACUUGUCAGCUUUGCUUCACAUCUUGUGAGUCAGACUACGAGAUCACUGACCUCUAAUUCGCGGUCAUUGUCAUAUUGUAAAAUGUCAGGCGAUCAAGAAGUUCCGGUAAAAGUACCCAGGCUAAGUGAACGAUUAGUAUGGAUAGAUCUGGAGAUGACAGGUUUGGAUGUCGAAAAAGAAACCAUAAUGGAAGCAGCUGUGCUUAUAACUGACAGUGAACUAGAUAUCGUUGCUGAAGGACCUAAUAUAGUACUAAAAGUGGAGGAUAGUCUUCUGGACAAUAUGAAUGACUGGUGUAAAGAGCAUCAUGGAAAGUCAGGUUUGACAGAAAAAUGCCGUAGUAGUAAAAUCAGCCUUCAAGCAGGAGAAGAUCAACUUCUGCAGUUUGUAGCACAGCAUACAGAGAAAGGGAAAGCUCCUUUGGCUGGGAAUUCAGUACAUGCUGACAAACGUUUUCUGGAUAAAUACAUGCCAAAAUUGAUGAAACAUCUUCAUUAUCGUAUUGUAGAUGUAUCUACUGUUAAAGAAUUAUGCAGACGCUGGUAUCCAGAGGAGUUCACAAAUGCACCCUCCAAGAAACUCUCCCAUAGAGCUCUUGAUGACAUAAAGGAAAGUAUUGAGGAGUUGAGAUAUUACAGAUCAGCUAUAUUCAAAAAGUAAUGUGCACUCUUCUAAAUAUAUCUGGGGAAGAUUUGUAUUCUUUUUGAAAAUAACCAUUAAAAGUUGCGAGUUGU